GCCCGGCCCGCGGCCGCCACCUACCUGUGCCCCUGCCCGGGGCAGCGAGCGGCAGCACCUCACUGGCGGCUCCUUCCUCCACAGCGCGGCUGACCGUGAAGCAGGCGGCUCGGCACCUAGGCCACAAAGCCCGUUAAACACUUUGAGAUGAGGAAGGUUGAUCUCUGUUCGAGCACUGAAGGGACUGAAGUGAUUCUGGCUACCUCAAGUGAUGAGAAGCACCCACCUGAGAAUAUCAUCGAUGGGAAUCCAGAAACCUUUUGGACCACCACGGGUAUGUUUCCCCAGGAGUUCAUUAUCUGUUUUCACAAACACGUAAAGAUUGAAAAACUUGUGAUCCAAAGUUACUUAGUGCGAACCUUGAGGAUUGAAAAGACCACUUCUAAAGAGCCAUUCGACUUUGAGCUGUGGGUUGAAAAAGAUUUAGUACACACAGAGGGGCAGCUUCAAAACGAAGAAAUUAUGGCACGAGAUGGCUACGCCACUUUCUUGAGAUUCAUUAUUGUUUCAGCCUUCGACCAUUUUGCAUCUGUUCAUAGCAUUUCUGCAGAGGGACUAGCAGUCUCAAACAUUUCUUAGUAAUUACAACAAAAUGCUCUGAACUACUCUAAAAUAUAUUUAUAGAAACAAAAGUUAUCUUUGAUAUGUUUGCUAUUAAAGAGAUUUGUAUCACUCUG